AUGAAUUUGAACAUCUUCAAGAAGAAAACCUCACCCAAAGAAGCUCUAAGGCAAAGUAAGAGAGAAAUGUCUGUUGCGACUAGAGGAAUUGAAAGAGAGAUAGGGUCGCUUCAGAUGGAGGAAAAGAAGUUGGUGGCAGAGAUUAAAAGAGAAGCAAAAACUGGAAAUGAGGCUGCUACAAGAAUCCUGGCUCGUCAACUUGUUAGGUUACGCCAACAGAUAACCAAUUUGCAGGGAAGUCGUGCUCAGAUCAGGGGUGUAGCAACUCACACACAGGCAUUAUAUGCAAGCACAUCAAUCUCUACAGGGAUGAAGGGUGCAACUAAAGCAAUGGUAGCAAUGAAUAAGCAAAUGGCACCAGCAAAGCAGGCUAAAGUGAUUCAAGAAUUCCAAAAACAAUCAGCUCAAAUGGACAUGACGAUUGAGAUGAUGUCAGAAUCUAUUGAUGAAACUUUAGACAAAGAUGAAGCAGAGGAAGAGUCGGAAGAGCUCACUAACCAGGUUCUUGAUGAAAUUGGAGUGGAUAUUGCAUCCCAGUUAUCUUCUGCUCCGAAAGGUCGGAUUGCUUCAAGGAAUACUGAAAAUGUUGCUGCAAGAUCAGAAUCCCAAGAUGUUGAAGAACUUGAAAAGAGAUUAGCUUCUCUCCGAAGAAUAUAA